CGAGAUUACCGUGUUCUCGCGAUACUUGAAGUAGCAGCAAGAGCAGGGGGACCUGCUGGGAAGCAGCUGAGCUGAGGACCUCGGGACUUCACAUGUCAACAAAAGAUAAAAAGAAAUAACACAACACAGGCAUGUGAAGGUCUCCCAACCUGGAGCUUUACCUCUUCCCCUCAGCAUCUUCAUCUGUUUCCAUGACAACCCCUCCACUAGCGCCACCUUUCGGGGGUCAACAGGCCCAGGCAGGCCGAGAUGUCAACACCGCCUCACUUUGUCGGAUCGGACAGGAAACCGUCCAAGACAUAGUCCUGAGGACCAUGGAGAUAUUUCAGCUGCUGAGAAAUAUGCAGUUGCCCAACGGGGUCACUUACCACCCGAACACCCACCAGGACCGGCUGGGAAAACUGCAGGAGCAUUUACGGAUGCUCUCUGUGCUCUUUCGCAAACUACGCCUUGUUUACGACAAAUGUAACGAGAACUGUGCCGGGCUGGAGCUCGUACCGCCAGAGCAACUGAUACCUUUCGUGGAAGAUGAAGGAUCCAAACGCGAGAGCCGCUCAGGAGGGCAGAGCCGGCCGGCCAGCGAGGAGAGGAGGGAAAUCGUGGAAGUCAACAAGAAACUGAAGCAGAAGAACCAGCAGCUGAAGCAGAUCAUGGAUCAACUCCGCAACCUCAUCUGGGAGAUCAACUCCAUGCUGGCGGUCCGGAGCUGAGCCCGCCCUCAAGCCCCGCCCAUCCCUCCCAGUCACACACACAAGCGCCGCAGGUUUCAGACGAGACGAAGCGCGUCUGUAACCCGGACGCCACACGAGGACGCCGGCGGGGCUGCAGAGUUUAUGUUUCCGAAUGAAGGCAGAAGGAGCUGGACACCCCGACAAGGCGAGGAGGACACCGCUGCCUCCAUGCUCUACAUUUCAGUCAGCGUCAAAAACUCCUAGUUAUUCUGAAGAUUAAUAAACAUAUAUAUAUAUAUAUAUAUAGAAACGCUUAAUGCAGCUCCAGGUACGAGCUUGACGUAGAGAAACAUUGACUUAUUUUAUUUAAUCAUUCAGUUCUGCAUAUUUUAUAGCGUUAGACACGUAAAGUGUAAAAUGUGGACACAUCUGCCAUUCUCUGCUCUGAUUGGCUAAAAUAUGGCGCUUUUAGCCAAUCCCGCUGAAGCCUAUAUUUUCUGAUAAUUAAAAAACAGAACAAA